GAAAAAAUUUCUUCAGUCUUGUUUGCACAAACUCGCUACAUACACAAUUUUGAGCAGUUUUUCUAACGGCGUCUAUACAACGAACAAAAUCUAGAGAUUUUCUAAACAACAACAACAAUACAAUCAUCAUCGUCUGUUUAGACUAGUAAAUAUAAGAGUAAAGUAUAGAAAAUGAACACUACUAUGUUUGAUAUUAAGAGUAAAAUCAAGCAAAUUAAAAACACCGUUCUUCAGAUGACUCCACUGGAGAUCAAAGUCAGAGAAUGUACAAGUAACGAUUCUUGGGGAGUUAAAUUGUCUGAUAAAUUAGAAGUUGCUGAUCACAGUUUCAAUUAUGAAGACUUCAAGCUCAUCUUCUCUGUUAUCAGAAUCAGAUUGGCUGACGUUGGAAAGGAUUGGAGACACGUCCAAAAGGGUAUCCAACUUGUUGAAUUUUUGGUCAUUAACGGUUCUGAAAGAUGUUUGGAUGAAGCCAGAGACAUGCAAUCACUUAUUCGUCAAAUGAAGAACUUUAAAUAUGUUGAUGAUGACGGAAAGGAUUGGGGUGUUAACGUAAGAGAUGCUGCUAAACACUUCUUGGAAUUCAUCAAGGAUGAAGAAAAGAUCAAGGAAGAAAGAGAAAUUGCCAAACAACAAAAGGAAAAAUAUGAAGGUUUUUCUAGAUCUGAAGCCAAGCACAAGUCUCGUACAACAGGUAGUUCUUCAUCAGAAAAGAAGAAGAAGGAAAAGAAGCCAUCCUAUGAUGAUGAAUAUGAUGCUCCUAAGAAGUCUACUUCUCGUUCUAGCUUUGAAGAAGAAGAAUAUGAACAAGAAGAAAAGCCAAGAGCUUCUUCUCCUGUCAAUCAAUCUGGUAGACCAAGAAAGCCAUCUACUGGUACAACCCCAUCAUUCCAAACUACAUCUCAACCAGUUAAACAAAAGGAAGAUACUCUUAUUGAUUUCUUUGAUACACCAGUUACCACAACAACAAACCAAUAUAACAAUAACAACUUUGGAAAUAACAAUGGUUUCGGAAAUAAUGGUUUGGCCAAUAACUCUGGCUGGUCUCAACCAACUCAACCUGUCAAUACUGGAUUCAAUCCAAGAACUGCUAGUACCCAACCAACAAACUCUGGAUUUAACCCAAGAGGUAACAAUGGUGCUUCAUUCAACACUGGUGGUAAUGAUUUCGAAGCUAACUUUGAUAGCUCUGGUUUUGAUGAUGGUUUCGGAACAAAUGAUGCUUUCAAUAAUGCUUCAGGUCAAGAAAAGAAGGAUUCUACCUUGUUUGAUAUUUCAAGUGGUUUGGUUAACUUGGAUCUUAAUGAAACCAAGCAACAAACAACAUCUCAACCAGUUAAUCCAUCUCAACCAUCAGCUAACAUGUCGUUGAAGGAAUUGAAGAGAUUGCAAGGAAACAAUACACCAACCAAGCCUCCAGUCAUGAAUAAUACCACUCCAUCUUUCCCAUCCAACACAUCUUUCCCACCAAACAACAACUUUGGAGGUGGUUAUCCAAAUAACAAUGGUUUCAACAAUUACCCACCAAACAACAACAAUAACUUUGGUGGUUAUCCAAACAACAACAUGCCACCAAGAACUGGCGGAAAUUAUCCACCAAAUAACAAUUUUGGUAACAUGCCACAACCAAGCGGAUAUGGAUACAAUAAUCAACCUGUCAAUAAUAAUAGACCACCACAAAACAACAACAACAAUGGAGGAGGUUUCGACUUUUUCUAAAUAAAUUAUCUAUUAAUCUA